AUGUCGGAUCCCACAGGUGCUGCUGCGUCCUCCCCCGGCGGGCUGCCCGACGACCACUGGCGCCCCACGUACGAGGACAUCCAUGUCAUGAUUCGCCAUAUGGCCGAGGUCAUGCGCGAGGAGUUCCAGCCGGACCUGCUCGUCGCCAUUGGCGGCGGCGGUUUCUUCCCGGCGCGAGUCCUGCGCACGUUCCUCAAGAAGCGCGAUGAGAAGCACCCUGGCAAGAUGCGCAAUGUGCCGAUCCAGGCGAUUGGCCUGAGCCUCUACGAGGAGGUGGACGGCGUGUCCGAAGAGCAGAUCGGCACCGAGGUGAUCCGCACGCAGUGGCUCGACACCGCACGCCGCGUCACCGACUCCCAGGGCCGCAGCGACGCGGGCGGCCUGCUGGGCAAGAAUGUGCUGAUUGUCGACGAGGUCGACGACUCGCGCACGACGCUGCACUAUGCGUACCACGAGCUCCUGAAAGACGUAAAGAAGGCGCUCGAAUCGUACACACCCGAAGAGCGUGCGGAGCUGCCGCCCACCCGCUUCGGCGUGUUUGUCGUGCACAACAAGCGGGGCCCGAAGCGUGCGGAGCUGCCUGUUCUCGCGAGCCCUGCGGACGACCGCAUCGUCGAUGGCGUCAGCACGGGCGUCUACUACUACGCGGCUGAAACGACGCCGCCGGUGUGGAUCGACUUCCCCUGGGAACAGACGGACAUUGUCGAGCACAACCGCCUCGCUGCGCUCGCCCAGGCGCAGGGCCGCCGAGCGGGGGCCCCGCCGCCCGGCGGGCCGGACACCCUCUGA